AUGAAUUCUACUUUGGCAGCUACAGGUGAGCCAUAUCAAUUAAGUUGGUUAGAGAAUCAAUGGGAACAACUCUACGAAGGCCGCAAUCCUUUGCUUGUCACUGGCACUGUUGCCUUUGUCAUGCACGAACUCGUCUAUUUUGGCCGUUUCCUUCCUUUCCUUCUGUGUGAUUUUAUUCCUUACUUUAAGCAAUACAAGAUUCAACCAAACAAGGUCAACACCUCUGCUGAUUACUGGAAAUGCACCAAGGAAGUUCUCUAUCAGCAUUUCCUCUAUGAAGCUCCUCUCAUCUUCCUUUUUCACCCUGCUGCUACCUACUUGGGCAUGAACAUCUCUGCCCCUUUCCCUCAAUGGAAACACAUUUGGCCCCAAAUUGCCAUCUUCUUUGUCUUUGAAGAUGCCUUCCAUUACUGUGUGCACAGACUCAUGCACUGGCCUCCUCUUUACAAGUCCAUCCACAAAGUUCAUCACGAAUAUGCUGCUCCCUUUGGUAUUGCCGCUGAAUACGCUCAUCCUUUGGAAACUUCAAUUCUCGGUUUUGGUACCAUUGGCGGUCCCCUCAUCUAUCAUUUCGUUGAAACUCAUUACUUCCACGGCACUCGUGAUUGGCAGCUUCACAUGUUCACCAUGCUCUUCUGGAUCACUUGCCGUCUCUUCCAAGCCAUUGAUUGUCACUCUGGCUAUGAUUUCCCUUGGUCUGCUCGCCACUUUAUUCCCUUCUGGGCUGGUGCUGAUCACCAUGACUACCACCACAUGGCCUUUGUUGGUAACUAUGCCUCCAGUUUCCGUUGGUGGGAUUACCUUCUUGGCACUGAUACCAAGUAUCGUGCUUACCGUGCUCGUCAAGCCGAAGAGAAACGCCUUCAAAAGAAGAAGGGAUUGUAA